UACAAAAGUGGCUGGCGCAAAUCCAACCGAAGCGUUGUUGUUGAAACUCCACAAAGGCGGAAUGUUUGCUCCUCGACUCCACGCCGACAGGCUCUCAUCCGUCACGGCGGCCAGCGGGCGUCUCCGGGCGCUCGGCGUCCGCUCGACCGAAGCCGUCUGUCUUCAUCCUUUGCGGGACGGAAACUCGUUCUUGUUUUAAAAGGACUUUUUACGGGCUUUGAAUUAACCCUUUAACUACCCGCUCGACCAAUCGGUAGAGGAAGCAAAUCAUCGCUUUUAAGGACCACGUAUGCCAGAUUGACUUGUUUGGUUGCGCGUGUUUUUAAAGGAAUAAUUGAAUUUGUUAUUGUCAGUCCAAUAAAGUUACGCAGAUGAGAUGAAGUAGCGGCAACGGUACCGGUUGGGAUUUUCCGCACGCAGCCACGAAAUCGUACAGAGCGAUCCAAAUAUCCAGCCCGCCCAGUGUUCUCGAAGGUUCUCCCACUUUUUGUUGUUGUUGUGCUUUUGUUUUCUUCUGGUGACGUGUCAACUAUUUGGUUACGGUUCAUCUUUUCAAAUCUAUACAUUUUUGUUCAAACUGCCCAAAGGAAAUUUGAAAUGCAAACCCUUUUUUUUGUUUUUGUAUCGCUUCUUAAGGUGGCACCUUCCUUCCUUCGUAGCGGGAAAUUCAAUUAAAGGACACUUGUGAUGUUUGUGCAUUUUGACGUCGUCCUUCCCAUAAAGAAACCCGUUACCGUUACGAUUUGGUGGGCUUUAAACACGGGUCGACUAUAUUCAAAUCCCUUCGAGUGAUUCGGGACUAUUAAGCUCAUGGUUUCAGCCUCGGCGUCGACCAACUCGUUCAGUGCAAAAGAAAAUCCUUCGUAGCGAUUGGGCAGUCGGGAGCGAUUCCGAUCGCAGUCGCUGCGUUCCCAAAUUCUUUCUUAUUGGGCGGUGACGGUCCGAAGGUCACGCCAAUCUUUUCAAAUCAAACUCCGUGACCGACGGUCUCCGCUUUUGUAUUUCCAAGGGUUAAAAUGCGACGAGGGCUUGUCGCGUGUUCGCCCGCACUUUGCUCGAUGGGAGAGCUUCCUUUUGUUUGGGACUUCAAAGACUCCGAGAAGGCCGCGAGCAGUAUUGAUCCGGCAGAAAAGGUAGGCCAAACCUGCCAUCGCGUACGUAUGAAAAGGUUUAUGCUGAUACACUGCAAGAACUUGCAAAUAUCCGUGGAAAGCUUACAAAUUGGAAACUUGGUGGGAGUAGAAAGUACUUUGACGGAAGUUACUGCGUGACGAUAAAAGCAGACUCCCAUUUCAGGGCUUUUUGCAAGUUCACUUGUAAAGUCAAAGCAACAACAAAAAAUGGACAAAGCCACGGCUCGUUACUGGAAAAUCAAGCUUUGAAGUUUCCUGGAGUUACGAGUGCUGCAGACGCUUCCUGGUGGUCUUGUUGAUUUAUUCGAUUGCAGUUUAAUGAGCUUAAUGUUCCGAAUGGACUUGCAUAGUUCUCAUCACUUGCUCCGCUUUCUUGUUUUAGUUCGUAUUCAUUGUGUGUGUGUCAAGUGCACAAUAAAACUUGCGUAAUCUUGUCAAGAAGCGCCCGUGUCGGUUGUGCGCAUGUGCGCCAAGCGAGCGCGUGGUCACGUGACAACGACGACUGGUUCCAGCCGACCGGAAGCAGCCCAGGUACGACGAUGACGACGGCGACGACGACGGCGCUGCUGCUGCUGCGGCGCAUUCGGGUCGCGCUCCCGCGCCGCGGCUUCAGCCUGGACGCGAGCGCGCCGCUGGUGCGCACGCGCGGCUACGUGGGAGGCCGCUGGGUGCGCGCGCCAGGCGUCUUCCCGGUUGUGGACCCGGCCACCGGGACCGAGAUCGCGCGAGUGUCCGACUGCGGGCCGGAAGAGGCCAAGCGGGCCGUGGACGCCGCUCACGAGGCUUUCCACCAAUGGAAGGACGUCACGGCCAAGGAGCGCAGCACCCUGCUGAGGAGGUGGGCCGACCUGAUGAGCGAGCACAAAGAGGACCUUGCCAAGAUCGUCACCUUUGAAAGCGGCAAACCCAUGAAAGAGUCGAUGGCCGAGAUCGCCUACUCGGCCUCCUUCCUGGACUGGUUUUCCGAGGAGGCCCGUCGGGUGUACGGCGACGUGGUGCCGUCGCCCUUCAAGGACCGCAGGAUCCUCCUCCUCAAGCAGCCGGUGGGCGUGGCCUCCGUCAUCACGCCGUGGAACUUCCCGAGCGCCAUGAUCACCAGGAAGGUCGGCGCCGCGCUGGCCGCAGGAUGUACUGCCGUGGUCAAACCGGCCGAGGACACGCCCCUUUCGGCGCUCGCCCUGGCAGAGCUGUCAUCCCGGGCCGGCGUCCCCGCCGGCGUCUUCAACGUGGUCCCGAGCUCCAGGGAGCGGACUCCCUCGGUGGGGCGCGUCCUGUGCACCGACCCCCUGGUGGCCAAGAUCUCCUUCACGGGCUCCACUGCCACCGGCAAGGUUUUGCUGAAAAUGGCCGCCGACACCGUCAAGAAAGUCUCCAUGGAGCUGGGAGGCCACGCCCCCUUCAUUGUGUUUGACAGCGCCGACGUGGACAAGGCGGUGCAAGGAGCCAUGGCCUCAAAGUUCAGGAACUCGGGACAGACGUGCGUGUGUUCCAACCGUUUCCUGGUGCAGAGCGGCAUCUACGACAGCUUCGUGGCCGAGUUGGGCGCCGCCAUGGACCGAGAGCUCAAAGUGGGACACGGCAGCGAGCCGGCCACCACGCAGGGACCGCUCAUCAACAGCAGGGCGGCAGACAAGGUGGUCCAUCAGAUGGAGGACGCCCUUUCUCGGGGGGCCCGACUCCUGCGGGGCGGAAAACGUCUUCACGGCUCCUUUGUGGCGCCCACGUUGCUGGCGGACGUCAGCGCCGACAUGUUGUGCAUGCGAGAGGAAACCUUCGGGCCCCUGGUGCCCGUCGUCAGGUUCGACACGGAGCGGGAAGCGCUCGCCAUCGCCAACGCGUCCCGAGUGGGCCUGGCAGGUUACUUCUACUCGUCGGACGUGUCUCAGAUCUGGCGAGUGGCCGAGGCGUUGGAGGUGGGUCUGGUGGGGGUCAACGAGGGCCUCCUCUCCACCCCCGAGGCCACCUUCGGGGGCGUCAAGGAGUCCGGUCUGGGUCGGGAGGGCUCCAAGUACGGCGUGGAUGAGUACCUGCACGUCAAGUACGUCUGCAUGGGUGGCCUUGAGCUAACGGGCGCUAACGGGAGCUCCAAAUAAUAUGCCGUAAUUGACUUUCUGUGAUUGGACGCGGGGACGCUAAUGCUAAUUAGCUCGUGUUCCGAGUUCCUAUGGGCAAUUCUGCCCUGUAGCAUGCUAGUUAGCUCAGCAUCGUUGGAAUUGACUAUUGACAGUUGAUUUGUUGCUCAUUAAUUACUUCAUGAAUAAAAUAUUGCCAAUCUAUGAUUGGAAGAUCUCUUUUAUGUCAACUGAAUAAAAAGCACAAUGAGAAAAAUGAGAAGCAUCAAAUGGCAUCUAGAUGUUUGUUUAUAUUCAUGUACGCAUGUCGUAUUAAUAAUGUCAUAUUUGCCGACGUCUUCGUUAACAUCAGCUUCAUGAUGAUCACAUGGUGUCAUGUAUUUUUAUCCAUCCUAAAUCUCAAAUACUUUGUCGUUGUCAUUUGCCAAAUAACUUUUGUUUUCUUACAAGAGAUGAAUAAACUAAAAUAUUUCACACAAUCAACACA